AUGACUUCAAUCAAGACCACCAUUUUCCUCCUCCUCUCAGGCUCUCGAGCUGCAACCAUGAAUUCACGAGAAUACCGACCGGACGAGCACUUGAUGCUCGUCGACUGCGGCAUCGGAGCUGAUGGUAACGCCAAGUCAAACGAGAUGGCAUACUAUUCUGGGUCUUACAACCCAGGUGGCGGUGACACCAAAUGGGUACAACCAGACAUGAUUGCAAACGUGCCAUGGGACGGUUCGUACCCAUGGAGAUCAAGUGGUGUUGCUGCCCAAUUCUCCAACGGCGACACUUUCCAGGUCGCAAUCAAUCCGGCUAUCAAGGAUUGGGAGGAAUCCAAGAGCUACGCAGGUGACGCAAAGCACACCUUUGGAAACGAGCUUAAGUGCUGGGCCGAGCAUGGCAGACCGGCUUUCGAGCUUCCGGAUGGAACAGCUUGUACCAGCGCCUAUAUUUGUUUCCAUCCGCCAGACAACCCAGCACCAGCGCCUGCCACUGACUUUCAAGUGGUAACCGACUGGGGUAUGUCCGAAGAGGAGAUUCAGGUGCGCGUGCAGGGAACCAACUCUGACGAGGCAAACUGGACACCUGAGAACGCUUUCAGCAACAUUAACGAGGACGAUGAGGGCCUCCAGUGCAAAGGAAAGUCUUACAGCAUUGGCAAUGACUGCAGCAUUACAUUUGACGAUUGCUUCUUCUCGGCGCGCGACAAUGUCCCCGCCAUGAAGGAGGCCCUCAUUAAAGCCGUGGCACCUGCGGUUGCAAAGACGAGUGUUACCAAGACAGGCCGGUAUCGCGGCAGUUGCCGAAACGAGGCAAUGUGCGAACCCGAUUAUGAGUUUGAGUACCUAGAGUACACGUACCCUGUGGCUGGAACUGUGUUAGUCAGUGUACUUCCUGAUGGAAAGAGGGAUAAGGCAUCUGUACAGGCAAGGAUUCAUUGGACUGUUUCGUGUCCUAAGGCGGGUAUUUGCGGUUCCUUCUGCGAUAGCAAUCUUCAAAGCAUUGUUUCCUAUGGAGCUGGGCUUAUUAAGUUGCCUCCUCUUGGAGUAUGGGCAUGUGCAGCAUGCGGGAACUAG